AUGCAGAUAUUCAUGAAAACCCUGACUUGCACGACCAUCACCCUGAGGAUGCACCUCAGUGACACCAUUGAGUAUGUAAAGGCAAAGAUCCCAGAGUUGAAAGACAGUAGCCUGCCAGAUUUCAACAUCCAGGGGUCUACCCUGCACUUGGUGCUGCAUCUCAGAGGUGGGAUGCUGAUCUUCAUGAAGAUCCUGACUGGCAUGAACUUUACCCUAGAGGUGGAGCCCAGUGAAACCAUUGAGAAUGUCAAGGUGGAGCCCAUUGACACCAUUGGGAAUGUCAAGCUAGAAGACUGGUUCACCUUGCCUGCCUACAACAUCCAGAAGGAGUCCACCCUGCACCUGGUGCUGAACCUCAGAGGUGCGAUGCAGAUCUCCAUGAAGACCCUGAUUGGAAUGACCAUAAUAUUGGAGGUGGACAACAAUGACAGCAGAGGUUGA